AUGUUCAUUAAGAUACUAGCAUUACUCGUGCUCGGUGCAGCUGCGUACUGUCAAGACUAUUAUCAUCACACAUCUCCUUUGAAAACAAUUGUAAGGCAUGAAACUCCAAGAUGGGAACAACAGAAUGUUUAUACUGAGGCCAUAAUUUCUGCUCAAACAAAUGGACAGUAUAUCGGUCAACAGAACUAUGGACAUUCUUCGCCCAAAAGAACACAGAGUCAAAUUACCCGUGGUCAUGAUCGGAUUCAACCAGAUAUUCCUAAUAACUACUUUGAGCCUACUCCCACUCAGGAGUACGGUCAAGCCGAUUCCUCGCAAAACUUGAACCAAAUUCCCAGCGGUCAUGAACAAAUCUUAAACAGAGUUCCUGAGUACCUGUUUGUACCAGCGCAAAACCCUGCUCCAGUCACUGAGACUAUCUUAAAUGAUACACCAGUUUAUCAUGCUCUGCGUGUGCAGCCUGUUCAACAAGCCCCGCGUGUUAGUUACAAUCAGCAAGUUCAGAACCAAAAUGUGGGACCCCAUCACGGAAUAUCCCACGGUGGGACGUCACACUAUCAGAGUUCUCACAAUGUCGAAUACCAUAUUCAACACUGA